AUGGUCAUAUCCCUCAAUGGACAAGACUCCACCUUGACAACCUGCGAGAUUUCCAUCAGACGCGGGAUCUUCCAGGGAGACACGCUGUUUCCUAUCCUCUUCUGCCUCUUCUAUCCUUCUUCCUCUUCUCUCAGCAUCGAAUUGUCUCGGACUGAAGGUCACGUUCAGUCCUAUUACGUAGGAAAGGGGAAGAAUGCAGACCAUUGCAUGAACCACCUCCCAGCAAACAAGGACCAGGUUUCUGCAAAGGUUAAGAAGCUCGAGAAGAGUAGUGAUCGAUCACACAAGUCACCUUCUAUCCCAUAUCCACCUUCAUCUGAAGCUGAGGAUGAAGAUGAUGGUGAUUCACUGAGCAGCUCAUUUGUAUUUGAGCCAUCUGAUGAUGAGGAAGAAGUCACUAAACUCAAAGCUGGAACUUCAACAUUCCAAUCCCUCCUGUGCAAGUUUCUGGAGCACUCCUGAUUUAAAACACCAGAAGUGUCACUGUUCUCCGAUUGCAUCAAAUCAGAUGAGGAGUAUCGAGAAGAAUCAAUUCCUAUUUUGGCAUCUACUCUCCGAAAUAUGGAAGGGAAGAAAGCAAUCUCAACUCUCAUGCGUCGACUCAUGGAUGAGGGAGCUGUCCUUCACUUUGUUUGCAAGUCCACAAGACACAAGGAGAAGCAGGUCCUUACAGAACUGGGCAUCUUUGACCUCAUAUCAAAAGCCAUUGCAGUGGGAAAGCUGCUUCCAUGUCUCAACAUGAGAGAACCAUCUUUGUUGGUGACUGGCUUCGGCAGGCUAAGCAGCGCCUUCGUCAGAAGGAACACAGUGCAGUUGGAUUUCUCAGACCUUAGAUCCAUUGAUUGCAGUGGGAAAGCUGCUUCCAUGUCUCAACAGGAGAGAACCAUCUUUGUUGGUGACUGGCUUCGGCAGGCUAAGCAGCGCCUUCGUCAGAAGGAACGUGCACAAAUGUGAUUCUUUGUGAUUCACUUGUUCAAAACUGAUUUUCAAG